AUGCUUAUCACCCGUAGCUUUACUAUUGCAGUAUGGGCGCUUAACACUAUUUUUGUUGAUCUAUUUACUCUUGUGAGAUGUGGUUCUAAUGUUGGUUUGUAUUACAAUAGUACUUUUAGUGUGGAUUAUUAUUAUCUCUACUGUCUGUCUGUUGCAAUGCAAACUGUGUUAGAUUACACAAUACUUUCUUUUAUGCAUUGGAUGGUAUUUUCCAAUUGGUCUCUAUUGUUCAUCUUCAAAAAUUUAUUCAUCUUCAAACACAAUAGGAAAACAAUCGUUACUUUGUUGACUAACUUAUUACUUAAUGUAUACACACAUCCAUACACCAAUACAAUUGACUGCUCGUAUCUGUUGAUCACUUUCUCUUUUGUAUUGUUUUGUUAUCUUUUCUUUCUAUUUGCUAUUGUUCUUUUAAAUUGA